UCGCACUCCUAGCUGAAAUCUGAGUGCUCAACGCCUUCCUAGUUCUAGUUGUGGUCAAAGGGGAAAUAUCACUCCUUUUUCAGCUUCCGAUACGGCAAAGGUCCGGAGAUCAAAGGAGAGCUUGAGUCACAUUUCACCUUAUCUUUCAGUUGGUUUAUCUUCUUCAGGGCAACAUUCCACAUACCAUGGAGAGAACAAUGCCAUGGAAUGGGCAAGUUGAUGUUAUAUCAACAGACGAAUCUUCUUCCUCAGAUCAGGGUGUAGAGGUUAAUGUUGGGUUUGGAGCACAGUCAGCCAGUGACAUGGCAAUUGAUGGAGCUCCUAAAGCUACUGCAUAUGAAGAUUUGCUUCAAGACGCAGUUUUGUUGAUAAAAAGGGCAAAGAUGUACCAGGAAUACAUGAAACAGCUGCCAAUUCCAAUGCAACGUGGCUCUGUUAUCCCCUUUUCUUCAUGGGUGGGAUUGGGCAAAUCGAUUAAGCAGAUAUAUGGGCAACCGUUACAUUAUCUCACCAAUAUUCUCCUCAAGCAGUGGGAUCAACUAAGGAGCGGUGCUGAAGAUGAGCACAAGCCAUUAGAUAUUGUUAUUCAUCCUUGCAAAGCUGAAGCCACCAUCUGGCUAGUUGAAGAAAUCCACCGGCAUACCUCAUCUCAUGAUCAUAUAGCGAAACUGUGGCUGUCAGACCCAAUCCACCAUACUUUUAUUGAUUCCAUUUUCCCAGAAUUAUGAAGCUCAUCUUAGUUGUCUUGAGUGAUGAUACUCGCAGCUUUUUUAGACAUUGAAUUGCAGGAGAACCAAAUGCAAUCAGGUCAGCACCUGAACUGGCCAGAAUUUGCAACCCUAUUCUGUGAAAAUCCUUCAAUGUUUCCAUAGAAACUGUAUCGCUGUUAGAAAACAUAUUUAGCAAUAUCAGAUGUUAGGACUUAGGAUAUACAGGUGAUUAAAAUAUUCAAGGAAUAUUUCCCUCUGCAACUAGAAUUGGACGUCUAGGAGCAUUGUUACUUCCAUUUUCCUUUAAGAAACUGUCAUGAUACACUCCUAGUGAGA